AUGGCUACGCCGUCGGCUCCCUCCUCCUCCUCCGCUGCCUCAAAUACUCAACAUUCUCCUGUAACCGCCAGCUCUGGUCUAACAUCGCCUUCAGGAGUGCCAGGUGAAGGGCUUAGCCCGCUCUCUUCCGGUGUCAACACCACGAGCUCCCAGAGCUCCUAUUAUCCUGGAGGAAACGGCCACGGAUCAUGGCCUACGCCCUCGAGUUCCUACCAGCUCAGCUCUGGGACGCCCCAGGGACUCUAUGCCUCCCGCGGGAGCACCUACGAUCAGCAAUCACCAAUGUCCUACUCUCGAACUUCGCAAUCACCCGCAACUGGCGAGGGUCUUCCUCCACCACCCUACGGGCAAACGCACCAGUCUUUCCAGGCUUAUCCUCAUGGAGGAGCGGGAUCUACACCAGUCAGUCUGCCAUCCCAGGGCCCACCAACACCCCAGGGUGGCAUUCUUGGAUCUCACGGCGCUGUCUCGACGCAACCUCCAACGCCCGGCGGUCUGCACUCCCAUCUUGACUCCUACACCCAGUCUCGACCACCAGCGACACCCGGCUACUACUCCACAUCAUCGGCCCCCCAGCAAUCGUUCAACAGCUACCAACAAUCCCACACUUCGCCCACCGCUCCUUCUCCGACGACUUCGGCGGGCCCCGGGAGAGGACUUGCUGCGCUCCAGCACCCUUCCGCGAUGGCACCUCCUGGUUCUUACCGCUACCCCGGUUAUCAUGUUCCGUCGAUGGGAGGACCGAUCAUGUCCAACCUUACUUCCCCCGGGCACCAGAUGUCACUCGUCACCGGUAUGGGCGUCCCCGGCGGUUAUGGAGCACACCAUCUCGCACCGUCAAUGUACGGCCACACCCACGGGGGGCAGCCCAACCCGCAGGCCGAACGGCCGUUCAAGUGUGAUCAGUGCCCACAGUCGUUCAACCGAAACCACGACCUGAAGAGACACAAGAGAAUCCAUCUGGCAGUCAAGCCCUUCCCUUGCAACUUUUGUGAUAAGAGUUUCUCUCGCAAGGACGCAUUGAAGAGGCAUCGCCUAGUCAAGGGUUGUGGGUCGAAGGAGGGUGAUGGCCAAAACGAGAAUGGGCGACGCUCCUCGCAAGAUAACUCUGAUGACGGAACUCCUCCACUCAAGCGCGAGUAG